AUGACGACAACAACAGUAACCACAGCUCUAAUAGCUUCUACUAUUUCAUGCUAUUUAUGUACUGAUUGUGAAGAUUCAUUCAGUCCAAAAAAUGUAGCAACUGUAACAGUACCUGCUAAUCAAGGAUAUUUUAGUCGGAUGAGUGAAUCUAUUAAUCUUAAUAUAAAAUGUACAGAUUUUACUUAUGAAAAUAGAAAUCAUCGAUAUUGA